UAUGUGCUCUUUAAAGCCGUCCUGAACAAUGAUCAUGUUCAUCAUAACAAACCACACUGACGAAGUUAAGCCAAUCAACGUGUAUUAUUUUGUGCAAUAAACCAAUCAGAUGCUGUAGUUUAUGCUACGAUCACAAUUUAAAAAAGAAUAAGAAUGUUUUUUUUAUUUGUGUCCUGACUCAUCUUAGAAAUUGGCUCUUAAUUUUUGAACAGGAGAGAUUGUGUGUUUUAUAAACAGACUGGAGAAAGUGAAGAAGAGAGAGAGAAUGCAAAACAGGAACAAAAGGUAGAGAGAAGAAGAAAAGCUUGCAGGACAUAAAAGAGUUAAUAAAAAUAUGAAAAUAACACUUUAAUUAGUUAGAAAAACGUAUUUAUGAAUAUUCCUAAAAUAGAAUUAGUACAAGUUAUAAAUUAUAGAUAAAAAGAAAAAAAGGUAAAAAAAAAGAAGAAACAAGUAAAAGGACAAAUAAAGAAGAAGAAAACUUCGACAAUUUUGGAGAAAUGAUAGUUUUAGCUUUCUUCAUAAUCAUUGUGCAAUCAUAUUUUACUAUGUCAGAUGCAAGAAAGAGCAGAGCUCCAAUGUGCAAACAACAUACCGGAAUCACUAUAGUUUUAGAUAACACGAGACACGUCUCUCGAAAUAUUCAUGAACUUGAAAAAGAAAUUGAGAGAAAAAUCCUUUUAAAUUUUCAAAGCCGCCAACUGCAACAUAAACUAGGUGAUUAUACAAAUAACGUUUUCUGUAGCGGAGAUGGUAUAAACAUAAAUGACGAUGCAUAUGGAGACAGCAAAAGUUUAUAUAAGAUGGAAUGCGCGCGACAGUUAUUGACUAGCCUGGAACACAAAUUAACGUCAAACAACAAAGGCAUUGAUUCCUACUUGAUGAAUAUCGCUUUAUCGUUAUCAGUUUCAAAAUGGCUUCCACAAUACAUCACGCAAAGAUAUAGUGCAAACGAAAGCUAUCUUGUUGUCUUUUUGAACUCCACAAAAUUCUCACAGCAGUUAUUUAGCGUUGGAUUGGUCAGAGACGUAACUGGGAAAUUUAGUCUUGAUGGAAAGAAAAUUAAUAAGGCGGUGACUGAAAUAAUGCAGAAGAUAUGUCCAAACGACUUCCCAUCUGGAAAAGAGUCCACAACAACAGCAAUAACAAGGAAAGCGACAGCGAGAACUGCACCAACGACAACAAUGGAUGAGAUAACUGACAUAACGACAACAAAUAAUACGACAAUAGCUGCAUCGACGACAGUGAACGAUAUGAAUUCUGCUACUCCAAUAACAACACAGAAAAUAUCAUCUUCGAGACCGUUUACAAACACCAACACUUUAACAUCUAACUCUGACAUCCCACUAAAGCCCUCCACAACGCACCAUACAAACGCGACUUCGGUCAUCAAACCUACCACUGCAGCAACUACAUCCAAAGCUAUAACCAUAUUUUCUACAGUUGAUCCAAACGUUUUGAAGCAAGAUGUGGAACAAUUCUUAACACAAAAUAUUACGGAAGCCCAACUAUCAAAUACAUCUUGGGCACAAACGUUCUUGCAAGCCUCUUGUGAACUUUUGAAAAAGGUUUCCGAUGCGGAAAAAGAGGUAAAAGGCGAGAAAUUGCUGCAAUUUAUGGAACGAACUUUGCUUAAAGUUGGUUCUAAACUUGUUGAUGGAGUCUCUCUCACUCUUUCAACAGAUGAUUUAGUCGCAGAAGUUCAAUCUAUUAACAGGAGUGAGUAUCGGGGUUAUGAAUUUCCAACAUUUAACAUUACAUCCUCGGAGACGACUUUGUACUUACCUGGAAACUUACUAAAAGAAACUUCUGCAGACAAAAUCGCACUGCUAGCAAUGAAAUACAAACCUUUGAAAGCAAUGAAGAGAGAGAAAAAACAUUUUUCACUUUCUAAUGACGUCAUAUCCAUAACAUUGGAUCCUCCAGUGAAGACUCCAUUUAAGGAGCUACUAAACUAUACGAUGAGACGAAGAAAGAACAAUUUUACAGACCAUCAAUGUGUAUUUUGGAAUACGAGAACACGAAUCUGGGACACCACGGGUUGUUUUGUGUCAAAAAUUACUGACGAUCAUGUCACAUGCCAAUGCAAUCACAUGACGUCAUUUUCUAUUUUGAUGCAAGUCGAGGAUUUUGAGCUUUCAGACAAACAUCACAUUGCUUUGAUGGUAAUCACCUAUGUCGGAUGUGGAGUUUCAGCAGCAUCAUGUCUGUGUUUAAUAUUUAUAUAUAUCUUCCUUAGGCGGAUGUUAAAAAUUGAUCGAAAUGUCAUCCAUGUAAAUCUGGCUGUCGCCAUUGCGAUAUCAAAUGCACUGUUUUUGUCUGCAGAUUCAUUGGUUGACAGAAAGGAUUUGUGUUUGGGAAUUUCGAUCAGCAUGUUGUAUUUUUACCUAGCAACCUUUUUCUGGAUGUUGGUGGAAGGAGUACACGUCUAUCUAAUGAUAUUUAAGGUUUUCAAAAGCAAAAAACGAAUGCCCAUUUAUUUGCUGAUUGGGUGGGUACCACCUGGAAUAAUUACCGCUGGAACAGCCCUGAAGUUUACAGAUCUCAUGACUACUGGUGAUUUUUGCUGGGUGUCCACAAAACAAGGUAUUAUAUGGACGUUUGUCGGGCCCGCAUUGUUUGUGAUGAGCGUGAAUACUGUCAUUUUAUGCAUGACGCUUAAAACUUCUCAAAGAAUCAAGAUUGGUACCAACGAAGUGCGAGAAAUACGACGAAUUGCGCGCUUAACCAUUGUCCUUAUGCCAAUAUUUGGAAUUUCUUGGAUUUUUGGAAUUUUUGCUGUAAAUAAAGAAACAAUCGCAUUCCAGUAUGUUUUCACAAUUUUGAAUGUCUUCCAAGGAUUGUUUAUUUUUAUCGGGUAUGGAAUUAUGAACAACGAAGUUCGUCGCGAAGUGUCAAGAAAAAAGCAUAUGUCAGAAUCCGCCGACAUUCGUCGUUCUACAUCAACGGCAAGAUCUAAAAAAUAUAACGCCGUGUUUUGUAACGCAGCGUUUUCCACAAACGAAAACAAUUCGAUUAAGAAUAAAGAUGUCAUACAGACGCCGACAAGUCGAGAUUAUGACGAUGUCUUUACCGACACAUCCUCGCCGUAUUCAAUAAACGACGAAUUCUAUCGUUCGUCAAUGCAAAGCUCUUACGGCUCAUGGAUGUAUGGAGAUUUUGGAAGCUCCCCUGGUCAAAGUUCCAUGUACUCUCUAGGUGAUGAAAGUUACCGAUCGACAAAAUUUUUAACAUUAGAAGCAUUUAAAGUUUAGAUGUAUGCGACAACGGAUCUUCUGCCUUUUCAUUGGAUGAAAGACGGAGAAAACGCUUAUGAUUAUGUUCAACACCCUAUUAUUCUUUCGAACAAUAGCAUAUUUCCCAAGAGGCAUUUUUUAUAUUAAACUCAAAGCGAUAAAUACCAAACGCUAUUUGAUCUCGAACCUAAUGCACGUUUUUUUAUAAGAAAAUAUAUUUAACCAGGCUGGUCAUUAUUCUUACAUAUCUAUUGUUCUAGACAAUAGACCUAUUUUAACCUGAUAUCCCAGCUGGAUAUCCUUCUAAAGCAUGUCCCUAAAAAAGAAAAAGCGUAUUGAAAAUAAAUAAAUUUCAAACCACGUGCGUUUUUAUAUAAGAAACGGAAUAAUUGUUUGUCACAGUAAAGAGUGAAGAAUUUUGUGUUAUGAUUAAUCUAAUCUUUCUGUUGCUAGUCUUUUAACGUGCUGCAAAGUAGAUAGCUAACCGACACAUCCUAACGCGAUGUUCUAAACACAGAUUGCUAAACCCAAUCUUUUUUUUUUAAAUAUACGCAACUUUAUAAGAGAUGAAAAUAAAACCCUUAAUCGAAAUUUAUAAUGUAUAUAAUUAGAAAUAUUUUAUUUUAUUUAAAAAUGUUAAAAAAUAUUAUUUUAUGAAAUAUUACUAUAUUAAAUUUUGCUUUUUCGUUUGUAUUGUUUUCUACCAAAUCACAGAGACCAUCUUAAAGCAUAUUUUCUAGCUCUGUAUGUAGCAUAACUGCAAUCCCCACGAGGCUUAUCCUUAGCAUGUUAUAAUCGUGAUCUCUCGUCAAAAUGUCUAGUAAACGUAAAGGACUGUGAAAUACUGGAUACACUUUCUUAACGUUGCUCCGCAAGUUUAGUGAGCAUUAUCUAGUAAUGCCUUAAAAGAUACUUCCUAUCAUGAGUUGUUUUUUCUUUGAACAGAAGCAUGAAAAGAUCGGUUUGAUGAAGCCUCAAAUAUUUAACAAAUGAACCAAAAUAUUUACUUUCCAGUUUUUCGUGUUAAUUUCUUCCGCCUAGAUUUAUUAGGAGCUACUAAUAGCUACUGUGAGGAUAUAUAACAUCUCGCAAAUGGUAGUGAAACAAACAUUGCAGACAAAAAAAAAUACGUUGAAUUUUAAUGGCUUAUUAACCGUUUAGCCGGUCUAUACGGGAAAAUAUAGACCGAGGUCAUGACGUCAUCGACCGAACGCAGUGAAGUCCAUGCGAGUGACAGUGUUUAUUAUGUUUAUUACCCUACUGAUAAUUUCAUAACCAUCAAUGAAAAAAAGGUUUUAGAGUGCAGGGGUGUUUACCAAAAACAAGGUUUAGUUGGAAACCAUGAACUUUCUUUAUAUUUCGAACUUACACAGACAUUCGAUCCACAACAAUACAAUACAUCUUUUAAAAAUAGAAUAUUUCAAAACAGUUUUAAAAUUCAAUUCUUUGUCGUUUCGCCGGUGUCAUGGGGAAUUAGGAAGCAGGGAAUUAAGACUC